UUCCGUCUCAAGCAGAGUAGUAAUGGUCACGUGAUGAGCACUUGGACGCAGCACCGCUGCCUACUAUCUGUCCACUCGGCGUAUCGCGAUACAAAACAUCAGGCCACGGAGCUAACGCGGAGCAACAUGGCGGAAGAGGAGGUGGCCAAGCUGCAGAAGCAUCUGGCCCUGCUCCGGCAGGAGUAUGUGAAGAUGCAGCAGAAGCUCGCCGACACCGAGAAGCGCUGUGCCGUGCUGGCUGCACAGGCCUCUAGCCAGGGCUCCUCCAGCCCUGCCGCUGCCACGGCUGCUGACACCUUCAUCAGCCGCCUGCUGGUCAUCGUGGCCGACCUCUAUCGGCAGGAACAGUACAGUGAUCUGAAAGUGAAAGUUGCAGGUGAGGACCUCUGUGCCCACAAGUUUGUGUUGGCUGCUCGCAGUGAUGCCUGGAGUCUGGCUAACCUGGCCUCCACCUUUGAGCUGGACCUAUCUGAUUGCAAGUCUGAGGUUGCCAUGGCAAUGUUGCGCUGGGCUUACACGGAUGAGUUGGAACUCGCAGAAGAUGAUGCCUUUCUUAUUGACUUGAUGAAACUGGCCAACCGCUUCCAGCUUCAGCUGCUCAGAGAGAGGUGUGAAAAGGGCGUGAUGUCCUCUGUGAACGUCAGGAAUUGCAUCCGCUUCUACCAGACAGCUGAGGAGCUAAAUGCUACCACCCUGAUGAACUACUGUGGGGAGAUCAUAGCCAGUCACUGGGACGACCUUAGGAAAGAGGAUUUUAGCACCAUGAGCGCCCAACUGCUGUUCAAGAUGAUCAAGUCUAAAACAGAGUAUCCUCUCCACAAAGCCAUCAUGGUGGAGAGAGAAGACGUGGUCUUUCUCUAUCUCAUCGAGAUGGACUCGCAGCUACCUGGCAAGCUGAACGAACUGGACAACAACGGCGACCUGGCACUCGACCUGGCGCUCGCUCGUAAAUUGGAAAGUAUUGCCACAACUCUGGUUAACAACAAAGCAGAUGUGGACAUGGUGGACCAGAGUGGCUGGAGCCUCCUGCACAAGGCCAUCCAAAGAGGGGAUGAAUUUGCGUCUAUAUUUCUGAUUCGCCACUCGGCUCAGGUGAAUGCCGCCACCGUGGGCGCGGUGGAAACCCCACUUCACCUGGUCUGUUCGUUCAGCCCCAAGAAGCACACGGUGGAGGUGAUGACUGGCAUGGCGCGAAUCGCGGAGGCCCUGCUCAAGACGGGAGCCAACCCAAACAUGCAGAACAGCAAGGGCAGAACUCCGCUGCACGAAGCCGUGUCCUCAGGAAAUGAGCCAGUGUUCAACCAGCUACUGCAGUGCAAACAGCUUGACCUGGAACUCAAGGACCACGAGGGAAGCACCGCUCUGUGGCUGGCCCUGCAGUACAUCACCGUGGCCUCCGACCCCUCAGUGAACCCGUUUGAAGAUGAUGCCUCGGUAGUUAAUGGCACCUCGUUUGACGAGAAUAGCUUUGCGGCCCAGCUUAUCCAGAGAGGAAGCAAUCCUGAUGCCCCUGACACUACCACAGAAAACUGCCUCAUGCAGAGAGCGGCUCGGGCAGGCAAUGAGGCGGCUGCGCUUUUCCUUGCCACUCAUGGAGCAAAGGUCAACCAUGUCAACAAAUUGGGUGAGAGCCCGCUCCAUACGGCUUGCCGCAGUGGCCUAGCGAACCUGACGGCGGAGCUGCUCCAGCAAGGGGCCAACCCCAACCUGCAGACCCAGAAGCCUCUGCCUGACGACACCGUUGGUGUGGCUACGCAGACCCCGCUCCACAUGGCCAUUGCUCACAACCACCCAGAUGUGGUCUCUGUCAUCCUUGAACAAAAAGCUAAUGCACUUCAUGCCACCAACAACUUCCAGAUCAUUCCAGACUUUAGUCUGAAAGACUCCAUGGACCAGACCGUGCUGGGCUUGGCCCUCUGGACAGGUAUGCACAACAUAGCGGCUCAGCUGCUGGGCUCAGGGGCUUCUAUAAAUGACACCAUGUCCAAUGGACGGACCCUGCUUCACAUGGCUAUCCAAAGACAGGACAGCAAGAGUGCCCUCUUCCUUCUGGAGCAUCAGGCUGACAUCAGUGUUCGGACCCAGGAGGGACAAACGGCGCUACAGUUGGCCAUCAGUAACCAGCUGCCACUGGUGGUGGAUGCCAUUUGCACAAGAGGAGCAGAUAUGUCUGUGGUGGACGACAAAGGAGACCCUCCGUUGUGGCUCGCUCUUGAGAACGGCCUGGAAGAUAUUGCAUCCACGCUGGUCCGCCAUGGCUGUGAUGCAACGGCGUGGAGCACGGGUCCCUCUGGCUGCCUGCAGACGCUUUUGCACCGAGCUGUUGAUGAGAACAACGAGGUCACUGCAUGCUUCCUCAUCCGCAGUGGUUGUGACGUGAACAGCACCAGAAAGCCAGGCCCGAAUGGGGAAGGAGAUGAAGAGGCCCGAGAUGGACAAACGCCCCUCCACCUUGCAAGCAGCUGGGGACUAGAGGACGUGGUGCAGUGCCUUCUAGAGUUUGGAGCGAAUGUUAAUGCACAGGAGGCAGAGGGCAGGGCUCCCAUCCACGUUGGCAUUAGCAACCAGCACAACAACAUUAUUCAGCUCCUCAUCUCCCAUCCAGACAUUCGUCUCAACCUACGCGACCGUCAAGGAAUGACCCCCUUCGCCUGUGCAAUGACGCAUAAGAACAAUAAGGCAGCGGAGGCCAUCCUCAAGAGGGAGCCUGGUGCUGCUGAGCAGGUGGACAACAAAGGACGUAAUUUUCUCCAUGUGGCUGUGCAAAAUGCCGACAUCGAAAGUGUCCUGUUCCUUAUCAGUGUACAGGCUAAUGUCAACUCCAGGGUUCAGGAUGCAGCCAAACUCACUCCUCUCCACCUGGCUGUCCAGGCUGGCUCAGAGAUCAUUGUCCGCAACCUGCUGCUUGCCGGGGCCAAAGUAAAUGAGCUGACCAAGCACAGACAGACAGCACUACACUUGGCCGCCCAGCAGGACAUUGCCACUAUUUGUUCUGUGUUGCUGGAGAACGGAGUCGACUUUGCUGCUGAGGAUGAGAAUGGCAAUAACGCUUUGCAUCUGGCUGUGAUGCAGGGUCGCCUUAACAAUGUCAGAAACCUUCUCACAGAGUCCAACAUCGAUGCAGAGGCCUUUAAUCUCAGGGGUCAAUCGCCAAUGCACGUACUUGGUCAUUAUGGGAAAGAGAACGCCGCUGCCAUUUUUGAGCUGUUCUUGGAGUGUAUGCCUGAAUACCCUCUGGACAAAUGCGAUAAUGAAGGGAACACAGUUCUUCUCCUGGCCUACAUGAAAGGAAAUGCAAACCUGUGCCGUGCCAUCGUGAGGGCCGGGGCUCGACUAGGCAUCAAUAACAACCAGGGCAUCAACAUUUUCAACUACCAGGUUGCAACCAAACAGUUGCUCUUCCGCCUUCUAGAUAUGCUGUCCAAAGAGCCUCCUUGGUGUGAUGGGUCCAACUGCUAUGAAUGUCUUGCCAAGUUUGGUGUUACAACACGGAAACAUCACUGCCGUCACUGUGGGCGCCUGUUGUGCCACAAAUGCUCUAUAAAAGAGAUACCCAUCAUCAAGUUUGACUUGAACAAGCCGGUGAGGGUGUGUGACAUCUGCUUUGAUGUACUAACUCUGGGUGGGGUGUCGUAAUGCAGUGCCCUGGAUACCCUCCACCCUCCGACACUGGCCAUGCCGGGCUCUACUUGGCACAGUUUUUCCGGCCCACCCGGCCAAGGGACAUCAGUAGCAGGACGUACGGACCAUAUACAGUCUCCCGGACAGUUAUGGACUAUUGCCUUUAUACUAUUCCAGUUCAUGAAAAACUUUAAAUGCUCUUAAAAGGUUCUUUUCAUAGUGAAAGUGAAGCAUUGUCUCAUUUCUGUUUUGAUCAAAGUAUAUAAAAGUCAAGCGGUUAUAAGCAGCUGAUGAUCGAUGGAGUCACAUGAAAUCAGUGUCCCAAGCCCAAUGAUAUUUGUAAUGAUCAGCUCUUAUCAUGUCAACCAUGGUGAACGUUUAAAUUGAGCAACCGUUUGACGGGAUAUAUAUAUAUAUAUAUAUAUAUAUAAUCUUUUUGUUCUCCUUUGGGAUAUUUUACCAUCUGCAGCCUUUUAUGCUAUGUGACCUGCCCUAAGACAAAGAUCCAAUACUCUAAAAAAAAAAUCUACAUUAACACGAGAGUUAAACAUGCUGUUAACCAAGAGCAGAAUAAAAUGAAAAAUACCCCCAGAGCAGUAAAUCUCAAAGACAUGAACUAUCAACAUGUUCUCUGUAAUCUUCCAUGUUUCACUAAUCAAGGGUUGACAAUAAGGGAAACGCUUUACAGCUCAUUAUUUAAAUUUUCAAAUGAGAUUGAUAUUGUCUUAAGUGCACUGACAGAUGGCACAAUAUGACAAGGAAGACAUUGUUCUUUUUUCUUUUUUUUUCACAACUGGUAGAUAGCAAGUCAUCAGCCAAAAUCAAUGAAAUGGUUCAUAUUUAGCAUGGCAAGUGAUUGAAGGUAGCAAGUUUCAUCACAAGAGGACUUCAAAUGUGGUCCAGAGCACUAAAUCCUUAACAAUCCUGAGUUACUAAAAUGCCUCCUAUGUCAACUUGUGUCAUUUAUUUUGUAGUCUUUGAAAUAUUCAUAAACCUUUCCAAAAUCAGUCACCAAAUGAUUACAUUCCAUAUUUUUAUCUGCCACGAGGUCCUCGUAGGAUGUCGGAAUUGUUGGCCCACAACGUUGCCUCAAGUCAAGUUGUCUUGACCAUCACAUUUAACAUUUCUUGAUUUCUAAGCCUAACGGGUGCACUUUAUCAAGAUCACAUGACAUUUCUGAUCAUUGGUGGGGAGGGGGGGUUGCCAAGUAGUGGGGCUUCUUUAAGUAUUGUUGAAUUGUACAGAUAAAUGUGUGAUAUUUUUGACCACUACAACUGUUUUGUACUUAAAUGCAGUUUGUGCUUGUCAUUGUGACAAACCUAAAUCUCGCCUCUGUUGAUCUUUUAUGCACAUUGUUUAAUCUUUUAUGCACAUUAUAUUGUAUCUGUAUGCUCAGAUAUUUAGCCUGUCUCUUCCUGGUAUAUCCUUUUAGAGAAAGGGAGAACAACUUUACAUACAUAAAGGUCAUCAAAAUCAA